AUGCACGGUUUCUUGCCCUUCACAGGCUGGAGACCAGAAUGGGUCCCUGUGCGGCAAUUAUAUGCUCCAGGUCAAUCUCUACUCUCUGAGGGUAAUGACAACCAGUACCACAACCUCCUUUCCGACCUCAAGCCCAACGUCAAGCACAACGUCAAGCACAACGUCAAGCACAACUUCAAGCACAACUUCAAGCACAACCUCAAGCACAACUUCAAGCAUAACCUCAAGCCCAACGUCAAGCCUAAUGUCAAGCACGACUUCAAGCACAACCUCAAGCGAUUCGAACACGACUUCAAGCACGACCUCAAGCACGAUCUCAAGCACAACUUCAAGCACAACUUCAAGCACAACCUCAAGCACAACUUCAAGCAUAACCUCAAGCCCAACGUCAAGCCUAAUGUCAAGCACGACUUCAAGCACAACCUCAAGCGAUUCGAACACGACUUCAAGCACGACCUCAAGCACGACCUCAAGCACGACCUCAAGCACGACCUCAAGCACGACCUCAAGCACGACCUCAAGCACGACCUCAAGCACGACCUCAAGCACGACCUCAAGCACGACCUCAAGCACGACCUCAAGCACGACCUCAAGCACAACCUCAAGCACAACCUCAAGCCCAACUUCAAGCCUGACGCCAAGCACAACCUCAAGCAAUCCAAGUAUAAUCUCGAGCUCUAUCGCGACUACAGACCCAAGCUCAAGCACCAUGUCGAGCUCUACAACAAGCAUAACCCAAAGCUCCACUUCAAGCUCUCUCACAACCACCAACUUGAUCACUACCACAACCACUACAUCUCAAUCAUCUACUACGUCGUCAGCAAGUCCUUUCGCAUCUUCAAGCCGCACUACCGGUGCAGCAACGUCAGGACCGAUUACCUUAGGGGCCUCUCCUAG